AUGUGGUUUCUGGACUCUUGUUCGUUCUCUGGCUUGCUUGUGAUUUCUGUGUUGGAAGAUAGUUACGGUAAAGAAGCCAUGAUUAAGGGCAAGAAUUUGAUGAAGGGGAGGAUGGGGACCUCCAUUGUUGUGUCCUGUGUGAUCUUUAUGUGCUUCCUGGGAAUUCAAUUAGGGUUUGAGAUUUUUGUAGUGAUUGGAUUGGGAGUGGGAGGGCAGGUGAGAAUUGGGGUUGCAAUUCUGUGCUUAAUGUGUCUUUUGAAUGUGAUACUGUUGGGUCUAGUUGUCCAAACUGUGCUCUAUUUUGUGUGCAAAUCUUGCUACCAUGAACAUAUUGAUAAGUCAUCUUUAGCAGAUCAUCUUGAGGUUUAUCUAGGAGACUAUGUUCCUCUCAAAGCCAGGCAUGUUCAACCACCAAAGAUUCCAGCUUAG